CUCAAUUCGUUACACUUGUAAACUUGUAUCUGGCUUCGAAUGACAGUCAUUCCGGUCCGGUUGUCGCCGGAAGCGCGGUUGAAUGCACCGCAGAAUAUCAACUUUGACACGGAUUGGGUGAUUGUCGAGCUGCAGGGCGUCGUGUCCAGCAAGGCGCCCGAACUGGACGGUCUCACGGCGGGAAUGCUCGCGUUCGACGACAAGGGCAAUCCAAACCUCACCAUCGGGCAGCAGAUGCUGGUCGGGAAGGUCACUCCGUUGAAGACGCCGAUCGCAGUCAUGCGCCGCAAAACAAGCACCACGGACGCCGCUCAUUCGCAAACGAGUGACACGCCUCAGAAUAAUGACAACAAUGCCAUGCAAAUAGAGCCGCCAUCACACCCGCAGCCAAGUCCGCAGCACCCUGCAGCAUCCACAUCAACAGAAUACGAGAUUGCGGCGAUUGUACACCACAAACUCUUGUUCAAGACACGACCAAAGAAUCUACUCAGCGAAUCUUCACGCGAAAAGCUCACCUCUUAGGCUUUUUCUGCCACAAUUUUUCGUCGUUUCGUUUCGUUUCGUUUCGUUUCGU